AUGCUGACGUCCUUUGUGAUCGACACCUUGAAGAUCGAAGCUGAGCGCGAUGAUCACAUCCUUGCAUACUUUUACUGUGACUACAAGGAACCGAAGCGCCGAGCUCCAGCUCCAAUCCUCAAUGCUAUCCUCAAACAGUUUUGCAUCAAGCUACCACCAGACCAGAAUAAAAUACCAAAAGGCAUCUUAGGUGAAUAUAGUAAAAGAGAAGAUCAGGGCCACGUUUCUGGUGCUUUGAAUACCAAUGAAUGCAAAACCUUACUCGUCGACUUAUCGAAUUACUGCCUAAAAACGACUAUCAUCAUUGAUGCGCUUGACGAGUGUUUGUACAACACAAGAAAUGGCCUUUUCAACGCCUUAAAAUACAUUAUAUCUCACUCUCAGAGUAAAGUAAAGAUAUUCAUCACCAGUCGAUACCACGACGACAUUGAGAGAGCUUUCAGUGGAACAAUACAAUAUUACCUCUGCGCAGCGGAUAAUAAAAAGGAUAUUGAGAGGUUCAUCGAGGAAGAGGUGGAUCGGCGCUGCGAGCAUGAAAAGCUCGGGGAUGAUGAUCUGCCCCUGCUUUCGGGCAAGGCUGUACAUGCAGAGCUUAGGGAUGAAAUUAUUUCUACCCUAAAGUCUAGGUCAUGUGGAAUGUUCCUGUGGGCCCAACUACAGAUCUUAGCCUUGUGCCAAGAAAGAACGUACGACGGUGUGAGAAAGGCUCUGAAAGAGCUUCCAGAAACAUUGACAGAGACAUACCAUCGCAUGCUUCAUCCGGACCACGCUGUGCAUUCCGAUCGUGAUCGCCUUCAGCGACAGCACAUCCUCAGAGUCCUAAUGAGCGCCUACACGAAGUGUUCAAAGGAAUUACUUGUUCAGAGCCUUGCUAUUCAGUCCAGCGGAGCGGAGCUAAAUGAGGAUCUACUAUCCCUGGAUCGAUCAGACAUCUUGGCAAUCUGUCAGAACUUUGCAGUUUACAAUGAUGCACUAGAGUCCAUGGAGUUCGCUCACUUCUCUGUGAAAGAAUAUUUAGUAAGAAUAGAAGGAUUCGACGAUAGUGCCUGCCACAACAUGAUGGCUGAGAUUUGUCUUACCGCAUUACUCAUCCACCAUCGGAACAAGGUGAUGCAGGAAGUUGUGCAUUAUGCCACUCAAAACUGGAGCUUUCAUAUACGGCGUGCCCAUUCUUUAUCCAGAGCAACCUCCAAGAUAUGCAAACAGUUUCUCACUGAUUCCGUUCCGUACAGAGCCUGGCUCCUCAAUGUCAGAAUUUGUGAUGGGUUCUUUGAAGUUCAAGGUGGUGGAGGUCAGGUGCUAUCACCCUUUUGGGUAGCGUGCUACUAUGGCCUCGUGGGUAUAGCUAGGGCUAUGCUUGAUAAUGGGGAUGAGAUUAAUGUCAAUGAGAGGAAUAAGCAUCAUAGAACACCCCUUUUUAAUGCUGCGGAAGACGGCUGGGAGGCGGUCGUCGGGUUACUUCUAUCGUGUGAUAAGGUCGACGUCAAUCCGAUGGCCAGAAACGGCCAAACCCCAAUCUUUAGGGCUGCAGAAGAAGGCAAUACAGAAGUCGUCAGGUUGAUGUUAGCAUGUGGCAAGGUCAAUGUCAAUUAUGGCUGGCAGGGCCGAACACUACUUUCUACUGCUGUACAAAGGGGUUGUACAGAAAUCGUCAAGUUGAUGUUAGCAAGUGACAAUGUCGACGUCAAUCGGAUGGACGCAGACGGCCAAACACCACUCGGUAGGGCUGUACUAGGACGUCGUACAGAAAGCAUUAGGUUGCUGUUAGCAUGUGACAAGGUCGAUGUCAAUCGGAUGGACAGGGACGGCCAAACAGCACUCUAUAGGGCUGUACUAGGAGGUCAUAUAGAAGUUGUCAAGUUGAUGUUAGCAUAUGACAAGGUCAAUGUCAAUCAGGCGGAUAGAGACGGCCGAACACCACUUUUUAGGGCUGUACUGGGAGAUGAUACAGGAACCAUCGGGUUGUUGUUAGCAUGUGACAAGGUCAAUGUCAAUCAGGCGGAUAGAGACGGCCAAACACCACUUUUUAGGGCUGUAGUAGGAGGUGAUACAGAAACCAUCAGGUUGUUGUUAGCAUGUGACAAGGUCAAUGUCAAUCAGGCGGAUAGAGAAGGCCGAACACCGCUUUUUAAAGCUGUACCAGGAGAUGAUACAGAAACCGUCAAGUUGAUAUUAGCAUGUGACAAGGUCGAUGUCAACCAGGCGGAUAGAGACGGCAGAACACCGCUUUUUAGGGCUGUACUACGAGGUGAUACAGAAAUCAUCGGGUUGUUGUUAGGAUGCGACAAGGUCGAUGUCAACCAGAUGGACGGAUUCGGCCAAACAGCACUCUCUAGGGCUGUAGAAAUAAGAGGUCAUACAGAAAUCGUCAAGUUGAUAUUAGCAGGUGACAAAGUCAAUGUCAAUCGGGUGAACAGAGACGGCCAAACACCACUUCUUAGGGCUGUACUAGGAGGUCGUACAGAAAGCAUCAGCUUGAUGUUAGGAUGUGACAAGAUCGAUGUCAAUCAGAUCGAUAGAGGCGGCCAAACACCAUUUUUCAGGGCUAUACAAACACGUAGUAAAGACGUCGUCGAGUUGAUGUUAGCAUGUCACAAGGUCGAUGUCAAUCAGCUGGGCAGAGAUGGCCGAACGGCAUUGACAUGGGCUUUAUUACGUGAGGAUGAAACACUAGUCAACUUACUGUUAUCAUGUGAGAGGGUGGAUGUGAACUACAAGGACCGUCACGGCGAUGGCCCUCUUCUCUUUGCCUUAUGGACAGGCAAUGCAGUAAUGAAAAGGUUAUUAUGUCAAUCGGGUAGGUUGGAUGUCAAUACUAGUGACAAAGAUGGUUAA